AUGAAAAACGUGAUUUUGUGUUCGUCUCUUGUACUCAUUGGAUUUAUCACUUGUGUUUCCACUCAACCUCCAACAGCCUUGGAUAAUUAUGUAAAUAAAGUUGAUCUAUCUUAUUCAUGGUAUGAAAUAGUAGAAAAACGUUUUUCUGGCCCCGGUUAUCAAGGUUUCACAUUAAAUAUGACAAGUCAGACUUGGUUAAAAUCCACAGAUUUUAUCGGUCAAAAUCCAAACUGUCAUAUUUGGUGGCAUCAAGUCCUCAUUGUCAUACCCAUAGUCCUUAAUCCAAAAUAUGCGACGACAUCAACACUUUAUAUAAAAGGUGGAUACAAUGACAAUAGUAGUUAUUCCAACGGUGAUCAAUUUAAUUCUAUAGUUAAUUUUAGUUUAAAUCUCGGUAUUAUUGGCGCAUUGUUAAAUCAAAUUCCAAAUGAGCCUUGUAUUUUCUCUGCCGAUCCACAACGAUUACAACGUACAGAAGAUGGAAUAAUUGCCUUUGGUUGGGCACAAUAUUUACAAAAUACAUCUCAACCAGAAUGGUUAUUACGUCUGCCUAUGGUGAAAUCUGUUGUACGUGCGAUGGAUGCGAUAACUGCAUUUGUCUAUGAACAAUCAAAAACCGAACUAUCGAUUAAUCAAUAUGUAACAAUGGGAGAAUCGAAACGAGGAUGGACAACAUGGUUAACUAGUCCAGUUGACAAACGAAUAAUCGGUACUAUUCCUAUAGUAAUGAGUGUAUUAAAUUUUCAAGAAAAUCUGCAUCAUUACUGGAGAGCUUUUAAUGGUUGGUCAUUUGUAUUUGAAGACUAUUACAAUGAAUCUAUCACAGCUCGCCUAGAUACGUUAGAAGUAACGCAGAUGAUGUCUAUUAUUGAUCCCUAUAUGUAUAGUGAACGAUUGAAACGAGUACCAAUAUAUAAUAUUGAAACAACUGGAGAUGAACUUUUUAUGCCUGAUGAUUCAUUAUAUUGGAGAGAAACCGGUAUGAAAGGUAUAUUUCAUCAGAGGAUGAUGCCAAAUUGUGAGCAUUCAUUAACAGAAUGUCGACCAGAUACUAUGGCUGGUAUACAAGCUUGGCUUAUAACAUUACUCUCAAACGAUUCAUUCCCCCGAUUUAAAUGGUCAAUUGCUAAUGGUAAUGGUACAAUUACAGUUCAACCUGAGAGUGGCAUUUUAAGUAAUGUUUUAAUGUGGUAUGCACAUACUUUAAGUAGUGAAAUACGUGAUUUUCGUGAAUAUAGAAUGGGUACAGGAGGUCCAGAUUCCCCACCUAUUUAUCAACCAAUUCAAUGGUUUUCUCAACAGUUAAAACCGAAUCAAGAUGGAACAUAUACAGCUUGGAUGACAAUUCCCGACUCGGGUUGGACAGGACUCUAUGUUGAGAUGCGGUACACUGCUCGAAAUGAAAAUAUUUUACAUUUUACGACUGAUGUUUCUAUCAUUCCCCAGACAUUUCCAUUUUCCGAUUGCCAUGGAACGGAUUGUCGAGGGACAUUAUUAUAA